AUGGCUCCCAGUCGUAUCGACUCUCUGCCUACAGAGACCUCUACAACUUCUUCAAUUCACAAGCUGAAGAUAUCAAAUGCAGCCUCGCUAGAUCCCUAUGGCCACUACCAUCCCGCUGAUCCAACCACUCUGAAUCUCGAAUCCAACUAUGGUCCCAUGGAACCUGAUGCAAUUGGAUACCUCCAGCCAACAACCAUGGAUACGCCAUUGGAGGUAAUGCAUGAGCGAUUCGAAAAGGAUGGCUACCUCUUUGUCAAAGGUUGCAUUGACAAAGAAACCUCCCUUGCCUGUCGCCGCGACUACUUCACGCAUAUGGCCCCGAGUGGCCUUCUUCAAGAAGGAAGUGACCCUGUUGAUGGUAUCUACUCCGGAGUCGACCCACGUAAAUAUCUCCCUCCGGGUAACCUGCGCCGCCUCUUCGGUCUCAAAGGAGAUCCCCAGAGUGAUCGAUAUCUUGAGCUUAUGGUCUCAGCCCACGAGGCUGAAUUCUACGUCGAGUUCUGCAAGAACGAGCAGCUCCGUGACUUUGUCCGCAGGUUCACCGGCUGGAAGAGCCCUCAUAUGUUGCAACGCACAAUGCUCCGUGCUUUUGUCCCCAACAGCGAGCUGACACCCGUUCACUUUGACCAAAUGUAUCUUCGAGCAGGUCCUCCCACAAGUCUCACAGCCUGGAUUCCCAUCGGUGACGUCUCCCUCGAAGGAGGCGGUCUGAUGUAUCUGCAAGGCUCAACUGACAUCGGAAAGAAGACCGAAGACGACUUUGCUGCGAACGCACACAACCUGACAGAUGAGGAGCGAGUUAGCGCAUUCAACAAGAAUAUGAAUGACGGUGGCUUUUUAAGCAGAGAUACAGUUGCUUAUGGCAAGGAGGCAAGAAGAAAAUGGCUCAUUGCUGAGUAUGAGGCUGGCGAUGUGAUUUUCCACAACCCUUACAUGGUUCAUGCCAGUUGUAAGAAUCGAGACCCCAACAACAAGAUUCGUCUUGCAACGGACGUGAGAUUUGUUGACCCGGAGAUGCCCUAUGACACUCGAUGGAUGAAGGUCUACAGGCCUUUAGAUGGCUUGUGA